AUGACACUCUUAACGCAUCAUAAACGACAACCCUCAAUCUAUGAUUCCCUACCUAUGCUUGAUUCAUGGAACAAGGCAGCAUUACCGGAUCAAAAGUUUACAUACACCACGUCAUCUAACAAGAGGAAACAACGGCCCACCAAUCGUCAAGUCUCCUUUUCCACUGAUCCGCCUUGUGUCCACCAGCUGCAGCAAGAGCACACGGAUAUCCCUGGUUCCUCUCCCCGUAUGCAACGUAAACAUAGUGUCAAAUCGAUUAUGAUGCAUCUCAUUAACAAGAAUGGGCAACGGUGA